UGUCUGGACCGCUCAGUGUCUGCAGUCCCAGGCUUCAGCCUCAUCCUCGCCCCGCAUCAACCGAGAUAGAGACUUCUUUAAUACAACGCUAAGAAAAGCAAACAACAAUGUCUGCCAGCGAGCGCUUCGACUGCCAUUACUGCAAAGACUCCCUGCUGGGGAAGAAGUACAUAAUGAAAGAGGACACGCAGUACUGCACUAAGUGCUAUGAGAACCUGUUCGCUAACUGCUGUGAGGGGUGCUCUUUACCAAUUGGCUGUAACUGUAAGGACCUGUCCUAUAAGGAUCGCCACUGGCAUGACCAGUGCUUCAAGUGUGCAAAGUGCAGCCGCUCUCUGGUGGAAAAGGCCUUUGCUGCCAAGGAUGAAUUGUUGCUCUGCACUGAGUGCUAUGCCAAUGAUUACUCCUCCAAGUGCAGCACCUGCAAGAAAACCGUCAUGCCAGGUUCCCGCAAAAUGGAAUACAAGGGGAACAGCUGGCAUGAGACCUGCUUCCUGUGCCACCGCUGCCAGCAGCCAAUAGGAACCAAGUCCUUCAUCCCCAAAGACACCGGCUACUUCUGUGUGCCCUGCUUCGAGAAGCAGUUUGCUUACCAGUGCUGCGCUUGUAAGAAGGCCAUCACAACAGGUGGAGUGACCUACCAAGACAAGCCCUGGCACCGUGAGUGUUUCCUAUGCAUUGGCUGCAGAAAGCAGCUGUCAGGCCAGCGCUUCACCUCCAGGGAAAAUUACCCCUACUGCCUUGAAUGUUUCAGCAACCUGUAUGCAAAGAAGUGUGUGGGCUGCACCAAAGCCAUCACCAGUCUGGCAGGGGCCAAGUACAUCUCCUUUGAGGAGCGCCAGUGGCACAGUGAGUGUUUCACCUGCAUGCAGUGCUCGGUGUCACUGGUGGGACGCGGAUUUCUCACCCAGCGCGACAACAUUUUGUGCACCGACUGCGGGAGGGAGAAAUGACCUUUUGAUGGAGGGAUCAUCACGGCUUUGCAUGAAUGACAACAGCAGCUCAUAUUCUGAUACAAAUACUGUAGCUCCAUGAAUGCUUCUUGUUAGCAUGCCAGGCACACAUUUAAACUCUGAAUGUCAAAAGCUCAUUUUUGUGUUAUAAAUCACUGGGAUGCUUUAGUAAAGAUAAACACGUAUCUUUUAUUUUUUGAAGUUAGGUUGUCAUAUGCACUAUUGUUAAAUCACGUUUUCUUCUUUUUUUCACCUCACUCAUUCAUUAUUGACAAGGAUAUAGAAAUAUUAGUCAUUAGUUGAUGUGGUUGAGUCGCAAAAAUGGCCAAAAAUGAUCUGCAAAUAUUUUGUGAAUCAAAUUAAUUUGGUGUCUUUGUCCUAUGCAACAAGCUACAUAUAUGUGGAUUUUGAACUGAUAAUUAAGCAUUUGGCCAUGUUGCUUGGGAAUAUUUCACCCUUUUAUCAUGUUAUAUAGUCAGACAGAUUAGGUCAGAAAAUAACCAGCUGUUCAAUGCUGAAAAUAAUUAUUAAAAAGCAUAUUUUCCUCUCAAAUGCAGGUCUGACUUUCAUUACACAUAUACAUCAUACAGCCACAACACUAAAGCCACCUGGCUUAUAUUGUGUAGGUCCUUGUGCCACCAAAACAGCUCUGAUCCAUCAGAACAUGAUCAUAGAACCUCUGAGGACGUCCUGCGGUACAAGAACGUAGGCGGUGCAUCCUUUGGUUUGUCGUGUUCCUUGAGCCACUCCUGAGCAGAUUUUGUGGUGUGCCACGGUGCACUGUCCUGUUCUUACACUGGAGCAAAGUGUAGCUGUGCUGAACGUGUUAAGUCACCACACAUAAAGUAUCAUCAGUAUUAUUCACUACACCUGUCAGUGGUUUUAAUGUUGAGGCUGAUCUGUACAUUUCUAUUUAAGCUUAUUGUAUUGUAAACUAUAUUCUCACUAUGUAAACAAAUAAUGAUGCAUGGAUUUUUGGUUCUCUCACAGCUUGUUCCAAUAAAGAUAUUUUUAUUUAGUCCU